CCUAAUAUAUUUCAUCGAGCCCAUUUCCACACACGAUGCAGAAUUGAAGCCCACGGUCUCUCCCUCUCCCUCUCCCUCUCGGGACAAUUGCUCUCGCGGGAAACCAAAUUUCAAAACUCCUCAUUUUUCGGCAAAGCAUCAGUCAUCGCCGCCGCAUUCCAUCGGAUUCUCAGGGGGUUUCGAUUUUCAGAUUCUAUGGCUCAUCCCAUUGAAGGAAUGGAGAACGUGGUCGCUACUGUUAGUGGUUAUCAUGGUUCAGAGAGAUUCAAGCUCAUCAAGCUUAUCUCCCAUUCGGGAGCGAGUUAUGUUGGGGCAAUGUCAAGAUCUAUCACACAUUUGGUAUGUUGGGAGUUUGAAGGCAAGAAGUAUAAUCUUGCCAAGAAGUUUGAUACCAUUAUUGUAAACCAUCAAUGGGUGGAAGAAUGCAUAAAGCAAGGGAAGCGAGUUCCUGAGACACCCUAUAUGUCGAAAAGCGGGGCAGAGGUGGGACUUUUGACGAUUGAAGUCCCUGCUGUUUCUGGAGAGGGUGAGGUCACUAAGAAAUUGAAGAAGCCUGUUGAGAUUUCUGAUAAAUUCUUUGGCAAUUGUGAAGAAACCUGGGGAGGUGGCGCUUCUGACUUUUCCGCUUGGACAGAUUCUAUCUUGUUGAAAGAGAAAAAUAUAGAGUCAAACUUACAAUCUCGGCGAUCAACUAGGAAAAAGCGGAAUAACCUUUCUGAAGACAAAGAAAACACUGGUUUGGGUGAAUGUUCAAGGAAAGGACAAAGGCUAACAAAGAAACAUUCUUUCAGAACUAUUGUGGACAUCGAAUCCGACCAGGAGUCUGAUAUAAACAGAAAUGAGAUACUAGACAAUCAAAGAAACAACGGUCGGGCUCCUAGACAACCGCAUAGUGAAGAUGAGAAUGACUGUGUUGCAGUAGAAACAUCAACUCGUCAAUGUGCUGGACAUUCUGAAACUACAAAUUGGGACUUGGAUGAAAUAGAAGAGACUGAGAAUUGGAGUCAUUCAUCUCUUUUUAAGCGCCCAAGAUCUUCUCAUGCCAAUGCAUCAAAUGAACUGCACAGAACCCACGAUCACAAUGGAGAAAACUUCAACAAACUAGAAUCAAGAAAAGAAGACAGAGAAGCCACUGAAAUGACCAAUACCCCACUUGCUUCAUCAGACGUAUCAUGUGUUAUAUGUUGGACCGAGUUCAGUUCUACCAGAGGCAUCCUGCCUUGUGGGCAUCGAUUUUGUUAUCCAUGCAUCCAGAAUUGGGCAGAUCGUUUGGUUUCACGAGGAAAGGAUUCAGCUUGUCCAUUGUGCAAGGCCAGUUUCAGCUCCAUCACGAAGGUGGAAGAUGCAGGAAGUUCUGAUCAGAAGAUAUAUUCUCAAACAGUUCCGAGCCCCUCUUCAACAGACAACCUUAUAAUCCUUCCAGAACAAGAAAGACCAAAUUUCAGAGCUCUGCCUUUAGCUUCUGCUUGCACCAGAUGCUACUCUAGGGAGCCCCAGGAUCUUCUUAUCAGAUGUCACAUUUGCAAUUUUCGGUGCAUUCACUCUUAUUGCCUCGACCCUUAUCUAUUACCAUGGGCUUGCACUCACUGCAGUGAUAUGCAGAUGCUCUACAACCGUGGCUACUAACAUUCAUGACUCAGCCUCACGAGCCUUCUCAAUGUUUAUUUUUUCCCCAAGCUGGAGAAUCUCUUCAUGUAUUUGAAGGUACCACAGAUUCAAGAUUUGUAAGAAUCUCUUAACCCAUUUGUUGCUGUCAAACGCAAUCUCGUUGGCCCUGAAAAGUUAGGAAGCAUUCCUUGAUGGAUCUGAGUAUAGCUCCGGAAACUAGAUUCUAUAUGCGAGUUGUUACAACUUGGAGACAUAUUCAGUUCAUUAUGAAAAACAUGUUGUCGUGAACUGCCAACUCUAGAAGCUAACCCCUUCACAUGCAUGCCCUUGUACUGUGUGUUUAGUGAAACUCUUGGAAUCAGGCAAUAUAGAGGCCUUAUAAGAUAUAUUGUCUUGGUGUGUGUAAGGAUUCAGGAAGGUUCACUUUCAUGUGCCUAAUUUGAUUUGCCAGGCAAGUUGUUUCUAUUCACAGCUUUGCCAUUCUU